UUGAUAUGAUCGUUGUAUUGUUAAUAAUUAUACGUUAAUAGAUUUUGUUUGUCCCUUAUUAUCGUUCCUCCAGUAAAAUUCAUUCAAUUAUAUCUAAAAAGAAAGAUGUGGCGCCCUUCAAUCCCAUUACUUCGGAAAGUCGUUUUACCUUCAAUUAAGGACAAUGUUAAAUUUUCUAAAACAUUCUUUUCUACAAGAAACCGUUUGCCGAAAUCCACUGCGAAAUUAACCCUUGUCAGUGCCAGCGUUGGUGUCUUGAUCGGCGCCGGCUACGGUGGAUAUACACAUUAUGUAGUGAAUUCUAAGAAACGUCCAAAACUUACCCUAAACGAGGAGUAUGCUUUUUUAAACGAAGCUCCGCCUUACCAGGCACAUUACAAAGUUAUUAAUGAAUCAGAUUCAAGUAAUUUACAGUUAGUUUUAUUUCAAUACCGAACAUGUCCAUUUUGCUGUAAAGUUCGGUCGUACCUUGAUUCCAAAGGCAUAAGUUAUGAAAUUGUUGAGGUGGAUGCAGUUUUGCGCCAAGCUAUCAAAUGGUCUGCUUACAAAAAAGUUCCUAUCUUAUUGGCCAAAGUUGAUGGUGGAUAUCAGCAACUAAUGGACAGUUCAGCUAUAAUAUCUGCCCUAGAGACAUACUUUCGGGACAAAAACUCUCAGCUUACUGAGAUUGUAAAAUUUUAUCCUUUAUCGAGAUACACUAAUGAUGACGGGAAAUCUAUGACAGAUAUUACAAAUAAAUAUUUUGUAAUGCACAAUUCUUCUGUACCAGACCAGAAAGAAAGGAUGGAGGAAAAGGAGGAAAGAGAAUGGCGUCAAUGGGCGGAUAGUGUGUUGGUACACACAUUAUCACCGAAUGUAUAUCGAACUCCAGGUGAAGCUUUGGCGACCUUCAAAUGGUUUGAGGAAGUGGGCGGCUGGAAACAAUCUUUCCCCGGUUGGGAAUGUGCUUUGAUGGUAUAUGGCGGGGCUGCUGCUAUGUGGAUGAUUGCUAAGAGGCUUAAAAAAAGGCACAAUCUGCAAGAUGAUGUAAGGCAUUCACUAUAUAAUGCUGCUGAUGCGUGGAUUGAUGCUGUGAAGAAGAAAGGCUCCAAAUUCCUCGGUGGAGAUCAACCUAACUUGGCCGAUGUUACUGUGUAUGGUGUACUGAGCAGUAUCGAAGGAUGUCAAGCUUUUCAAGAUUUGAGAAAUAAUACUGACAUCGGUAAAUGGUAUGAUGAAAUGAAGAAUAAUAUUGCUAGUAAGAAAGGUAGAGUUCUUUCAGUCCAUGCCAAAAACUAAAACAAAUUAAUACUAUCAGUGCCACCGACUUGUCAAUGGGUUCAUUUUUAUGAAUAUGUGUUAUAAGUAGACAACAUGAUAUUUUUUAUAGGUAUUUUAAAAAAAACUUUUAUUUUAGUGUAGUAUAAAUACUUAUUGGAUUUAAAGUAAAAAAAAAAUAUAUCUAUAGAGUUAUUAAACUUUAACAUAAUGAUAUCCUGUCACAUACAUUAAUAGGUAAUUUAUUAUAUACAACUCUAUAUUACAUAUUUAGAGUGUAUGAGGGUAAUGUAUUUUAUGUAUAUACAUUUAAACUUAUUUACUCGGCUUUGUAUGUAUGAGUAUUGUGACAGACUACAGAAACAGCUAAAUGGAUUAUGACAAGUGCGGUGUCAAUAGUAUUUUCCUAAAGGUUCAAGGAGUGAGUCAAUUUCUUUGGUUUUUUAUUAACAACUAAUGCUUCAAAGAUUAUAUCCAAAUUAAUUAAAUCUUUAUGGAUUUAAUAUAAUUUAGGUGUUUUUUGUUCUGUAAUUUUGUAUAUCGGAAUGGUCAAAUACAUGGUAUGUUUUUUUUAAGUAGAUUCUGUUCCUAUUCGGUAUGUAGAUGGUAUUAAUAAAAAUAGGAAAGUUUAAAUAAUUGUAGGUUAAUUACCUAUUGUAGUACAAACAUUUCAAUUAUUUCACAUUUAUAUUUGAACAAAAUAUUAAAAUUAACUUUAUAUUUCUUAUUUCCCUCUCUUUAUAGUGGAUUCGUUACCAUUAUUGAUAUUAAGCGUUUAUAGCAAUAAUUAAUAAUAUAUUCAGGCAUUAAUUGUAAGUUUUAUGAAUCGUGUAAUUCGUUAACUUUAACAUUUUAAAUGAACUUUUGCGUCCAAAUAAAGUAUUGAUUGAAUUUGAUUAAAGA